CGCCUGCCUCUCAUACGGCUACCCGACGCACCUGCGCCUGCCGCUGCGCCAGAAGACGACUGGGACGUCGAGCUUGCCCCGGCGCUGCUCGAGGCGGCCCAGCGAGAGGAGAGCGACGAGACACGUGGGUCAUGCCGUCCGCUGCGCUGGUCCCUCGCUCACAUCUCCUCGCAGUGCAUCGCACACUCGCCGCCUUGCUGCUCGUGCUGCACAACUCGCCGCGGUGGGAGGACGAGCUGCGUCCUAUGUUGCAGGUGCUCGACGCCGCCGAGCACUGUGGCACGCUGCUGCGCGAGCGAACAGACCCGAAGCUGCAGCCAUUGCUCAAGGACCUCGUCACGAUGUGUGGAGCGGCGUAGCAAUGAUAGGGCCACAGCGGUGAAUACGGGCUGAGAAGACUGAGACGCUGCAUGUGCCUGAGAGGAGAUAGGCGCGUGCGGGACGUCAGACGGCGGCCGUCGAUCCACGCGCGUGCCGAGCCGCUCGGCGUGUCUAGGCUGCAUCUCUGCUCUGCAGGCUCUGGUGGACAAUCAGUGGCCAGCUGCGUCCAGUGCUGAGGAGCGCGGUCGCCCAGAAGACGAAACGUGAUGCACUCGUAGCGCGCCUGCAGGCAGGGAUACGUCAAGCAGCAGCGACGUCACGGUGCACUCCACACACGGAGCAAGAGCUUGGUAUCCCGAGGACGGUCACUGUGUACAUGGAGAGGCAGGGGCACGUCUGGCACGAGGCGAGGUCUAGGCGUUGCAGGUGUACGUCAGAGUGACGCCAGGGGCGAAGCCCGGGUCUGUGGGGUUGACCUGCGCGAUGUAGAGGUCGC